AUGCCAAGCCAACAGAAGAAAGUCAUUUUUUGCAUGGCGGGAGUAUUAAGCUUUGAGUGUGCCCUUGGAGUUGUGACAGCCCUGGGGACACCGCUGUGGAUCAAAGCCACCUUCCUCUGCAAAACAGGGGCUCUGCUAGUCAACGCCUCGGGGCAAGAGCUAGACAAGUUCAUGGGGGAGAUGCAGUACGGGCUCUUCCACGGAGAGGGCACGAGGCAGUGUGGACUAGGAACAUGGCCCUUUCGGUUCUCAUGUGAGUAG